AUGGCCGAGCCCAAGGACGGGCUUGACCCUUUGAUCGAAGCUCUACCUCCAGCUACAGACUACUUGACCUAUCUUACUCUUGUCGAAUACCAGUUAACUCCCUCUCGCCUGCCGAUUCUCCACCGAGUGCUUCAAGACGAGACGUUGACCACCAAUAUCGGCUGGGAUCUAGUAAACAUACUCCUCCCUCUCCUCCCAGACUCGCGGGAAUGUCUUGACGAUGUUGCGAGACUUGGAAAUCCAAGAGAGGUUAUUCUCAGAGUUUCUGAGGCUUUGAUGAAGCUUCAUGCUGUUGAAGACGAGGACAAAGAAGAUGAAGGGGAUGAAGUGAACGAUAAGACCAGCAUGCAACGGCGUUUGCCUCUCCACAUUCUUCAAUUUAACUGUCUUUUAUCCAUGCUCUCCACCCUACAUUCGAGGAUAAAAACUAAAUAUGCAAGUCGUUUUGUUGCAACUUCUCUCCAUGCGGUGCUGGAGGCCUACACAGAAUUCCCGUCUCCAGAAACCACAGCGGCUAUGCUGGAGCUCUUGAGAGAUAUGUCAGGGAAAAAGCGGCCUCGUUUACCCCCACGAAGCAUUUCGGAACAAGCGUUAACCCGCUCUACUGGAGACAAGGCACCAGAUCCAGAGGCUGACGAACAUGUGGAAGGAGAUUUAUCUGAUGUGUCCAAGGAGAACAGAUUGACCCAGAAAUUAUUGCAGUUCGGGCUUAUUGAAACUCUGAAGACGUACCUUCUACAGUGUGUUGAUGAACCCGCCCCGUCGGGCAUGCAAUGGGCAGUCCGCCUUCAGGAGAAACUCGAUCCACCUCAUGCAGAAAACAUGCGUCUAACUUGUAUUGAACAAUUUCAAAACACUGAAUACCUGAGGGAAAGGGAUACAACUUUGGGUAAGAUUGUGGCGUUAUCGAGAGACUUUGGAGUAGGGACGCAAGAUUUGCAAAAUAUAAUACUAAAAGGAGAGAAUGAUCACCCUCCUCCGCUAGAUUUUGACAACAUACCCAGUUCCCCAGAUGAGAUUCCGCUGGAGAGACAUGGUUGUAUACUUCUUCUAGCUGCGCGACACGUAACGGCUACCAUCUUUGGCUCAGGUGCCUGUGAGCAGGACUUACCCUUAUACCCAGACCUUGUUAAUAUCCUGCUUAAUUUCCUUGGGGAUUAUGCAUCCCCUUAUACUGCCGCUGCAGAGGAACCAACUGCGUUAAUCGACUCAAUUCUGUCACUCGCUGCCGCGGCGAAAACUAACGCACCUCAGGAGGCCGCAGAUGAAGAAGGGUUUAAGACUCUGGUUUACGGUUUAACAGCCUGUUCUCGAGGUCCUGCCCAGUUUAGGACCUUUACUCGACUUGGGUCAAUUCCUGCUCGUGUGUUCCAUGCAUACCCUGACAUCCAAGUGAGAUACAACUUGAUUCUAGAAAUUCUCAGUGAAGAGGAAUCAGAAUAUGCAAGAGUAUCGGCGUUACAAUGGCUCAAAGAAGAACUUAUUUCUUACUCCACCAAUCCAGAAGAUACUGAUGGCGGCAAUCCCUUCUCUGAGCCAGAGAGUUUUACCUUCCUGUUUCAGUAUAUUUACAAGUUUUUGAACCCGGCACAGCCAUCUACUACGCCUCACCAUCCGGAGGGUAUCUCGUCAGGAGUAUGGAUGGAAUUUAUCCAGGACCUCGCACCAAUAUACCUUGCAAAACUAAAUUUCUAUUUCUUUCUUCGCAAGUCACACAAACUGGCCGAGCAACUCCAUAUUUCCACAUUACAACCAAUAUUCGAUGCCAGGUUUCUUGAUCCGCUCAAAUCUUUUAUGAGCCGUCUGUCUGAAAAUUCUGUUCUUUCACACGUCGAAGCGGAGAUGGGUGAGUCUGCAGUGCAGAUGGGAAAGAGUGCGAUGGAAGUGGUCCUACAGAUAAUUUCGGACAUUGAAACGGCUGCAUGA